AUGGAUGAGAAUACCUAUAACCUAGCGACUUCAGCAUUUCCAAGUUAUGAUAAUGCGACUAAAAUUCAACUUUAUCACUUUCUAAAAACCGUCGAAAAUUUUGUUCAUCCAUCUAUUGCCUUGAAUAUAGUAUUUUCCAUUAUUGGCGUUUUUACCACAUCUUUCCAUUUAUUCGUUUUAUCUCAAAAAUCAAUUUUGAAAUCUUCAGUAAUUUUGAUAAUGAUGGGAGUGGCUCUUUGUGAUAUACUUGCAAUGGUGGCUUCUGUGUUUUAUAAUAUUUUGUAUUUAAUGAUAGAAUUUAAUGUGAAACCUUGUGAGCCUCCUUUAUCUCUUCCACCAUUUCAUAUGUACUGGAUUAAUAUAGUAAUCAAUGAUUUUUUUCGUCGAUGUUCCACGUGGCUCAGCGUAGCCAUGGCUUUAAUUCGCUGGAUAGUUAUGAAGUAUUCAACUAGACGUGCAUUUCGAAAAGUCACACUUUCAAAGUUUGGAGCUUACAUUUUUAUGGGAGCACUUGCUCUAAGUCUCCCUCUCACUUUUAUAUUUUAUUUCCGAUACGAUAUUGUAAAAAUUGGAGACUGGAAGCCAUUGAAUAAUUGUUCAAAGUCUGCUAAUUUUACUGUUUCACUCAAUAUUUAUAAUCUUGUGCAGUCGGAAGUGUACACAGCCAAUGACGGGCUGGUUGGAAAAGUUUAUCAACUCAUAAAUGGUACAUUUUCAAAGCUGAUUCCAUGUUUCCUUCUUCCAAUCCUAACCACUCUUCUCAUUGCUGAGCUCCGUAAAGCCAAGGAUCACCAGAGAAUGCUCAAUUCAACUACACGGCUCGGAAAUUUCCCGGAAACAUUUUCACAAGGAGUUGCGAGCACAGAAAGAACCACGGGGCUAGUGGUAUUUAUGACUGUCUCUACGUUUGUUAUUGAAGUUCCAGGCGGAAUUGUUCGAGUUUUACAGUUUGGAUAUACUGACCUGGGAUACUGGAGACUUGCCACGUCAGUUGGCCAGAUUUGCAGUUUAUUUUUCGUAAUACAUGCGUCUCUUCAAGGCGUCAUAUUCUUCCUGAUGUCAUCACAAUAUCGGAGAACAGUGUCCAAGAUUUUUAAACGAGAUAGACCCCGCGUCGUGAUUGCUGUAAGCUCACAUUUCAGCUGAGUGAUUAGGGAUUUGAUAAUAGAAAUAUUGUGUUUAAAAGUUGUACUUCUUCCAGUAGAUCAAUCAAGAUAAAUAGUGUAUUGCUUUAA